UGUGCAAUGGGCCCCUGAAUAUGUAUGUCUCUGUUUUAGUUGCUUGAUGUAAUAUUCGCAAUAGGAGGCACUCCGCGUUGAUAUCCUUUCUAGAAACCAAUUUUUUGUCUAGGAUGAGCCUAAAGCCUGCAACUCAUAGCUUUACCGGUGGCGAAUAAAAACCGGGAGCAGAGCCAACAGCAGCGGAGAGCCGUUGUCUCUCUCGGACUGUCAAGUGAGUGUUGCAUGCAAACCCAGACUUCUCAUCUGGGGGCCACAGACAGAGAGAUAAUGAAUUAAGACUGAAUGGAAAACCUCGGGUGUCCGAAAAUAUCUCCAUCUUAGACAGUGGCUGUGGAAUGUAACCUAUACAAAACCCUACACAUGCAUGUAGCGUACUUUGCUUUCACCAGCUUUAUUGGAAGGUUUUGGACCGGAAGGUCUGGACGCAUUCACUGGAAAAUAAACGGGGAUGCCACGGUUACGCGCAGAAGCCACUCGAAGAAGAGACAGGUGCGACAGAGAGGAUUGGUUUUAGGCUAGCGGCGGGGAUACAGAUUCUCAUCAAGGCGUUGUAAUUCAAGACCCAUAGAGAGCUCGGUGCCGUGUUCCACUCCGCUCCAGGUGGAGAAAAACCUGUUUGCACACGAGAAGACGACUGGUACCGGACCAGACAGCUUUCCCUGCAUACCUGUCCAUCUCGCACAGUGAAUGUGCUCGUGCUGUGCUGCCAUGACGACCAUGUCCCCUCCCCUCACGUUUCUCCUCCUGCUCCUCCGAUUGGCUCACAGCUCUUUCCCAGAGGAGCCUGGUCCUCUAAGCUAUGCUCCCUUAGAGGUGGUGAGGCGGUAUCCAGUGUUUGUGGGCAGAGCUCAUCGUUCCUCCCAGAGACAGGAGCUGCAGAUUCAGACAGUUCUCCAGAUCAACCGUACUCUCUACAUUGGAGCGAGAGAUGACCUGUAUAGAGUGGAGCUGGACAAUAUGUCAGGGGACGAAAUGUUCUACAGCAAGAAGCGGACAUGGGAAUCUAAUAAGAACGACAUCCGAGUCUGCCGGAUGAAGGGCAAACAUGAGGGAGAGUGUCGUAACUUCAUCAAGGUGUUGUUGAGCCAGCAUGGAGGACUGUUUGUCUGUGGAACCAAUGCCUUUAACCCUCUGUGUGCCAGCUACACUAGAGACACUCUGGAGAUGGUGGGGGAGACGGUCAGUGGGAUGGCUCGAUGCCCUUACGACCCCAGACAUGCCAACGUGGCUCUGUUUGCAGAGGGCAGUCUUUUCACUGGUACUGUAACCGACUUCCUGGCGAUUGAUGCUGUGAUCUAUCGUAGCCUAGGCGACAGCCCUGCUCUCCGCACGGUCAAACACGACUCCAAAUGGUUCAGAGAGCCCUUCUUUGUUAGUGCAGUGGAGUGGGGACCUCACAUCUACUUCUUCUUCAGAGAAAUGGCCAUGGAGUUCCAUCACCUGGAGAAAGUCAUGGUGUCCCGUGUGGCUCGGGUGUGUAAGGGGGACAUGGGAGGGUCCCAGAGGGUGUUGGAGAAACAGUGGACGUCGUUCCUCAAGGCCAGACUGAACUGUUCUGUUCCCGGAGACUCCCACUUCUACUUCAACCUCCUGCACGCCACCAGCCCCAUCCUGAACAUGAAUGGAAGGGACGUCAUUCUGGGACUGUUCUCUACACCACCCAACAGUAUCCCUGGGUCUGCUGUGUGUGUGUUUGACAUGCAGCAGUUGGCUCGGGUGUUUGAGGGAAGAUUCAAGGAGCAGAAAUCUCCAGAGUCCAUCUGGACUCCUGUACCUGAUGAGCUCGUGCCCAAACCCAGGCCAGGUGGUUGUGCGGUGCUGGGAUCUCCAUUCAGCUCGUCUAAAACUCUGCCGGAUGAGGUGCUGAAUUUUGUGAAGACUCAUCCUUUGAUGGAUGAGACCAUACCCCUGGUGGGGAACAGGCCCUGGGUAGUCAAGACUAUGGGCAGGUACCAGUUAACAGCCAUGGUGGUGGACACAGAAGCUGGCCCCCAUAGGAAUCGUACUGUGUUAUUCCUGGGCUCCACACGAGGGACUGUCCUUAAAUUCCUUAUCUUCCCCAGCGGAGAAGACUCUGCAACACACAGCAGUGUCUUCCUGGAGGAGGUGGAGGGGUUUAACCCUGACAAGUGUGGAGAGGACUCUGUCCAGGCCAGACAGUUGUUGUCAUUGUCUCUGGAUCGUCUUAGUCACACUCUGCUGCUAGCCUUCCCAUCCUGUCUGGUCAGACUGCCAACAGCACGCUGCCAUUUACACUCACGCUGCAUGAAGAGCUGCCUGACAUCCAGAGAUCCCUACUGUGGCUGGACCAGAGGCAGCAUCUGUUCCUUCCUGAGACCAGGCACAAGGCUGCCCUUUCAACAAGACAUUGAGUAUGGGAACUUCUCCCACCUUGGAGACUGUGAUGGCGUUAUCCAGCAGAGUCUGCUGAUCGAACCGGAGAGCCUGGUGUCCCUCAACCUGCUGGUGGCGUCUGCAGUCUCCGCCUUCACCAUCGGGGCGGCGCUGUCGGGCCUGGCUGUCUGCUGGAUCAUGGCCCACAAGCCCGGAAACCGUCGCCACGGUAACACCCCCCCCCAGUCCAGCAUCCGGCGCCGGGAGAGGGGGAUGUUGACGUCGGGAGGAGGGAUGGGGGGGUCGGUCCUCAGCGUGACUCGCCAGGGAGGAGGGGACAGACCCUGCUCUCAGGGCGGGGACACUCUGUUUGUGAUGCCCAACGGCUGGGUGAAGUCAGGGGAGCUGGACCCAGGGUUCCUGCCUACCCCGGAGCACACUCCCCAGCAGAAGAGACGCGGGCUCAGGCUGUCAGAUUCUGGCUCGGGGGGGUGGGAUAACAGCCAGACCUAUCUGGGAGGUAGUACCAUGGGGCUGGCCUCCCCCUGUCCUCUCCCUUGCCCCCCACACCCCUCCACCGCAGUCUACCUAACCACCAGACUCUUCCAGGGGGGAGGUGGGGGUAGGCAUGGGGGUGAGGAGCGAGGAAGAGGAGGGGAGACGCCCCGCCAGCACUAUGUGUGCCUGAGCAAGCCCCGCGGGGAGAAGGGGAGGAGUGGGACCCCAAAGUCGGCGCUUCGCAAGUCAGCAGGGGAAUAUGUGUACCCCAUGACUCCCCAAGACUCCCCAGACAGGAGGAGGGUUGUGUCAGCCCCCAGCGCCCCCAUGGAGUUUGGGGAGCCCCUUCCUCUCCGCUGGCCUCCCCAGGAAGGCUACAUCCUCAGCAGCCAGGGCAUGAUUCCUGUACCUCCGUCCUCCAUGCCCACCCCCAACGGCCAGCAGUAUGUAGCCCAGCACCACACCCCCGGGCCGGGCAGGGCUCAGCUGAGAGGAGCCCUGGGGAGAGGAGAGCUGGGGGAGCUGGUGGAUCUCAGCCAGCUGCUGAGUAAGAAGAGUUCCAAUGAGAGGACUCACAAUGGGCAGUGAAAAAGAGAGUGAAAAGCCGGUUGAAACCCCAGUCAUUGCUUUGGACCACAUAGGUCUACAGCUUUCCCUCUUUCUAUGUUCUACCUUUUCUCUCUCUCACUAUCACCUUCUCCCCCUUUCUCUCUCUGUCCUCCUUAUCUCUGUCCCUCAUUGUCAUUCAGUCCUCCUGAUAUCCCUGUGUCUCUCUGGUAGACUACUCUGGCUGGUCUCCCUGUGACUGGUUGCUACUGAUGUCACUCAGACCCUGCUUGACUGUGAUUGGCCUGAACCAGUGAGGUUGUUGCUGUGUCUGCAUUGCAGAGCUGCCUCUCCCCUCUGGCAGCUUAGAGACGUGAGGAGGAGAGACAGAACAAGAGAAAGAGAAAAAGGGUUUGAAAUAGAGGUGAGGAGAAAGAGGCAAUGGAGUGUUAAAGAGAGAAGGGAAAAUGAAUUUCCUAAACUGUGGAACUAUUGCAUUUCUUUUAAAACACACUGAGAACCACAAGCAGGAAUCAACAUUCAGAGGCCCAGCGAUGGACACUUCUGACAGCCUUCCCUGUGGGUUAAAAGGGACUGACCAAACUGGAUAGCCAUUGUCAGGAGUCAGAAAAUGGGACCUAUGAGACAUCAUUCCAACACAAUUAUCUCUGUCUACUGUCAAGUGCAUACUGAGUGACCCUUUCUGGGACAAUGUAGGACACUGAAACAUACAUUUGAAAGAUGUUUGGCUGAAACGUCUUACUGUACCUGAAUGAAACAGGCAUGGAUCAGCAUCGGUGUUCAGCAAAACACUAAGGUCAUUCUGACUCAACGUGACAAGAAUACCAGAUGAACACUGUCCAAUGGAAGUGACAAUUAAGAUUUAACAGCCUGGAGUAAGGAGCCUCACGACACACACACACACAUUUUAAAUUGCUUAUUUGAGCCCACAAAUCAAAGUUACAAUUCAAAAAGUACUUCAAAUAUUUUUUAUGGUCUCUGUAUGCAAGGACACCUUGGGGUACAGAUAACAUGUAAUUUUCCACACUCCAAGGCUGGCCAGGACCGCUUAUAUGGAGCAGUACUUCGCCAGCGGCCUUGCCCUUCACUUAUGUCGGCCUUUGACUGUGCCGUUAGCGGAUGAGUGGCAGGGAAGCCCCAUGGGUUAUGUAAAUUGGCCAGUAUCGCCUGGGUUGAGCUCUAGCGACUCCCUCAAGCAGAUCGGGGGCAUGUGCAAAGCUAUUGGUGGUGGUCAGGUCAGUAAGUGUGCCCUCACACUCGUUGACACACGUAACUUCCUGGAUGGGAGAGGAGUGCGGAAAAUAGUAGAGUGGAUUUGCUUGGAUGCGUGUGAGGAAAGCUUUCAGUGAUCUUCAGCUCUUUAAUUUAUUUGUAGUUGUUGAAAUGAGACAGGGCCAUAAAUACAACUGGAUAUGCCGAAAUUGGGAGAAAAAUUGAAUAAUUCUGAAUGACAUACUUAUACAGUGGAUAUAAAAAGUCUACACACCCCUGUUAAAAUGCCAGGUGUUU